UAAGUUUGCAGUUCUUCGAGACACAGUAGUGCAAGUUUUUCAUGCACCAGGCAAGACAAGAGAAUUUAACCCAUUUGUUCUACAUAAAACCUUUCCUGGUCAUGUCGAUGAUACUGUGUCGGUUGAUUGGUCUUCAGACUCUAGAGUUUUAUGUACUGGAUCCAAAGACCGGCGCACACGUGUGAUUGCAACACAGAGGCUGAAAAAUUUAGAUGUCUACGAUUUAGGUGGUCUUCGUGAUACUGUUGUUGGGGCCUUCUUCAAACACAACUCACUGGAUCUGUACUGUGUGGCACGAGACGGCUAUGUGUUUGUAUGGCUGUGUGACACAUCACUGGAUGCACUGGAGCCAUGGGAAGAGCAGAAGAAAGUUGAAGAGGAGGAAAGCGACACCGAAGAAAAGUCCACAAAAAGAGUGCGGAAGAAACAAGAGGAACAGGAGGAGAAAACAUACACAAGAAUUCUCUAUAGAUCUGGAGGAAAGUUUAGUUACAGAGAUGCACGAAAGGACUCGGGCUUUGCAGAAUUGACCUGUGCUGCGUUCCACAAGAAAACACAUCUUCUUGUAUCUGGGUUUUCUGAUGGCACCUUCUUUCUGCACGAGAUGCCAGAGUUCAACAUGAUCCAUUCAUUGAGCAUUUCAGAACAAAGUGUUGACUCAGUUGCCAUCAACAACACAGGGGAUUGGAUUGCCCUGGCCUCGGGUAAAUUGGGUCAGCUGCUGGUGUGGGAGUGGCAGUCAGAAUCCUAUGUGCUCAAACAACAAGGUCAUUUCAAUGACAUGACGUGUACCACAUACUCUCCUGAUGGCCAGAACAUUGUCACAGGUGGAGGGGAUGGCAAGGUCAAGGUAUGGAAUUCCAUGUCAGGAUUUUGUUUCGUGACCUUUAGUGAGCAUUCAGGUGAAAUCACAGGAGUCAAGGUCACACAGAAUGGGAAAAGUGUGCUGUCCAGCUCACUGGAUGGAACUGUUCGAGCCUUUGAUCUGACCAGAUAUCGCAACUACAAGACUUUCACGUCGCCAAAACCUGACCAGUUCUCCUGCCUGGCUGUGGACAGCUCUGGGGAGAUAGUCUGUGCUGGAGGCACCAAUGAGUUCAUGAUCUAUGUGUGGACGAUGAAGACGGGUCGACUCUUGCAGACACUGGCCGGACAUGAGGGACCUAUCAGUGCCCUGGACUUUAGCCAGGCUGAUGCAGUUUUGGCCAGUGGUUCCUGGGAUAAGACGGUCAAACUCUGGGGAAUCUAUGAACAAGCUGGUGCCAGGGAGACCAUUGACUUGAACUCAGAUGGUAAGGAAGAUUUUAGCUUUGACCUUCAGACCGAUGGGAAAGAACUUGCAGUUGCCACUUUGAACGCCCACAUCACAUUUUGGGAUACAAAGACAGCUCAGCAGAAGGGAACCAUUGAAGGCAGACCUGACCUGGGAUAUGCCAGAAAGGAAACUGAAAAAAUUGCUGGCAAGACAUCCGCAGAAGGGAAAGCCUUUGAGACCAUGUGCUACAGUGCAGACGGAGAGUGUAUCCUGGCUGCUGGCAGGUCCAAACAUGUCUGCAUAUACUCUGUGGCAGAUCAGCUUCUUGUGAAAAAGUUUGUGAUUUCUUGCAAUCAUUCACUGGAUGGAAUGGAGGAAUUUCUGGACAAACGAAAGAUGACAGAGUGGGGCAGUCUGGCCCUUGUUGACUCCGGCCAGGGAGAUGACCACCAAGCUAUAGCCCUUCCUGGCGUGAAAAGAGGAGACCAUAGUUCCCGAUUCUGGAAGCCGGAGGUUCGAGUCUAUUCCCUGCAGUUUUCACCAACAGGGAGAUCCUGGGUAGCCUGCACAACCGAGGGCCUACUUGUGUACUCACUCGACCAGACUCUUGUGUUCGAUCCCUUUGAGCUGGAGAUAGACAUCACGCCCGACAGUAUACGGGCCACUCUUCAAAAAGGCGACUUCUCUGCUGCCCUAAUGCUCAGCUUCCGUCUGAACGAACAGAAUCUGAUCCAGGAGGUGUUGGAGUCUAUUCCGGUGGACAGUGCAACUGUCAUCAUUGAGACGCUACCCGACACCUACGUUGACAAACUACUGGCAUUUACAGGUCACAUGAUUGAGAGCUCCGCCCACAUUGAGUUUUAUCUCCUCUGGCUCCUCCCACUUUUGAGCAUGCAUGGGCCUAAACUCAAGCAGCGGUCGCAGCAGAUCACAGCUUCCCUCAGAACCAUCCAGAGGAAUGUUACCAGGAAAUAUGAAGACCUUCGGAAAAUCGCUGACCACAACAAAUACACCAGCCAGUUCCUCAUUUCUCUGUCCAAGUUGAAAAGGAAAAAGAGGCCAGAGACCCAGAUUUCCAGUGCUGAGACAGACAGUGAACAUGAUGAGGGCAGCGAGGAAGAAGAAGAGGAACUGCCAUGGCACAAAGCCAGUUCUGAAGAUAGCAUGGACAUGACAUAG